AUGGAUUAUUUAAAUCAGAUCGUCAUAAACAGUGAAGAUCUUUUGGACAACGCUUACAAAUCCUGUGAUGCCGGUUGGAGACCGAAAGAAAUCCGAGGCUUUUUUCAUUUCGACUACCCAGAUCCCGAGGUUUCAAGCUGUGUCAAUUGUUCCGCCACUGGACAAGCGCUCUCCCAGGAAAACGUUAGCUGGUCUGGGAAAACCCCAUGUGAGUGUUGGGAUCAAGCUCAUUGCCCUUGUCUCACACGAACCACGGCUUUGAGCAAAACGAGUAAUGCGGAUUAUGGCGAAGCGUGGACACUGACCGGCGCACUAUUGUACUCCGUGACGGUGAUCACGACCAUUGGUGAGUCACCCAAUUGUAAUUGUAAUUUAUGA